CAGUGCACCAGUCCCUACGUCAGAUCCAGCAGGGAAGUCUGUGCGUUCUGUGGUUCUUCGUGGCGCCUGAGGUGAAUUAAGGUUUGAGUUCCUCGUGCAGUCAGGCCGCGGGCCUCUAGAUUUCUGCCUCUGUCGCCUCUUAUUUUCUGCCUGGUGAUGGCGACAUACACCUGCAUCACCUGCCGGGUGGCGUUCGACGACGCGGAGAUGCAGCGGGCCCACUACAAGACGGACUGGCACCGCUACAACCUUAAGCGGAAAGUGGCAGACAUGGCCCCGGUCACCGCCGAGGGCUUCCAGGAGCGCGUGCGGGCGCAGCGGGCCGUGGCGGAGCAGGAGAGCAAGGGCACGGCCACCUACUGCACGGUCUGCAGUAAGAAGUUUGCCUGUUUCAACGCCUACGAAAACCACCUCAAGUCCCGGCGGCACAUGGAGCUGGAGAAGAAGGCAGUGAAUCGCAAGGUGGAGAUGAUGAAUGAGAAGAACUUAGAGAAAGGGCUGGGCGUGGACAGUUUGGACAAGGACACCGUGAACGCAGCCAUCCAGCAGGCCAUCAAGGCUCAGCCGUCUCCCAAGAAGGCCCUCCCAGCGCCCAAGAAGGAGUCCGGGAAUCCCGUGGCGGUGGCCAGUGGAGGGCGUGUGACUGACGACCGAGACGCGGCCGAGAAACCUCCCCGGCUCCAGUGGUUUGAACAGCAGGCGAAGAAGCUGGCAAAGCAGCAGGGGGAGGAGGAGAGUGAGGAGGAGGACGUGGAUGGAGACGAUUGGGAAGAUAUUGAUUCUGAUGAAGAAUUGGAAUGUGAGGAUGCUGAAUCGAUGGAUGAGUUGGAGGAGCUGGAUGCAGAGGAGGAAGAAGCUGUGGGAAGCGCCCCUCCUGGUGCCAUCCCCGUAACGGACUGCUUAUUUUGUCCCCAUCAUUCAAGCUCCCUCAUGAAGAAUGUGGCUCAUAUGACUAAAAUCCACAGCUUCUUUAUUCCUGAUAUAGAAUAUCUUUCAGAUCUUAAGGGACUGAUUCGGUAUUUGGGAGAGAAAGUCGGCGUAGGGAAGAUUUGCUUGUGGUGCAAUGAGAAAGGGAAAUCCUUUUACUCCACGGAAGCUGUACAGGCGCACAUGAAUGACAAAAGCCACUGUAAGCUCCUCACAGAUGGUGAUGCUGCUUUGGAGUUCGCAGACUUCUAUGAUUUUAGGAGUAGCUACCCAGAUCACAAGGAGGGGGAGGGGCCCGAUGGGACUGAGGAGCUGCCCUCAGAAAAGACCUUGGACUACGAUGAUGAAACCAUGGAGCUGAUCCUACCUUCUGGUGCCAGAGUAGGUCAUCGCUCUCUGAUGAGGUACUACAAACAGCGCUUUGGAUUGUCAAGAGCUGUGACGGUUGCCAAGAACCAGAAGGCCGUGGGCCGAGUACUCCAGCAGUACAGGGCCCUGGGAUGGACCGGCAGCACAGGAGCAGCUCCUAGGAGCCAGCGGGACAUGCAAUAUGUCCAGAGGAUGAAGUCGAAAUGGAUGCUGAAGACAGGCCUGAAGAACAAUGCCACCAAGCAGAUGCACUUUAGGGCCCAAGUGAUGUUCUGAGGGUCUGCCGUGGAUUGCGUCAUCCGUCUCCUGCACAGGUGUCCUUGCCUGAGGACCAGCGGAAGCCACGUGGCGUGACAGAGCCUUUUUGCUGCUGCUUCGUCCUGUACUUCAUCUGUUCAGAAUAAUAAUAAAAGGCAGAAUCACUGGCUUUCAGAUGUCAUUUCUGGACAGGGUUUAAAGAUCAUGUUUUCACAAAGUGAGCGGUGUCUGCCGGACUCAGGACUUGCACGGCUGCGAGGCAGCGUCUUUGUUACCUCAGCUUUUACCUGACUUACGGGUGUCAGAAGGAUGUGGGAAACGAAGUGGCUUGUGCAACCCAAACGUAGUUUCACUUUCAGAAGAAUAACUUAGCAGGUUAUGGCACUGGAACCUACAUAAGGAGACUAUUGAAUGUCACCCAUUUGAAUGUGUCACGGCCCAUGAGGUGGCGAAAGUCUCUGGGCACAUUCAGUAAAUGCAGGCGAGUUAAAGAGCAUGUCGGGGUCCUUAUUUCUGAACGGGAACCCACAGAACGACCGCGCUGUGCACUCGGCUGGUUCCAGUGCCGCCUUUACGUGAGCAGUCAUUUUCGGAAGGAAAUAAAUGUAAAAUGUUUACGUCUCAUUUUAGAAACAAAUUACCUGGGGGUGAAAUCUCUGAAAUGAUUCUCAGCUUAGGUGGUUUAGAAGAAACACUGAUAUAUUGGAAAUGAAGCUAAACAUGAAGAUUAAAGUGAUUGAGCUACCUUUGUGGCUUUGAAAAACUGA